GGAGGAGGAGGAGGAGGAGGAGGCGAGAGGCACCUACAAACCAAAUCACAAGGACAACAGAGCCCCCUCUCCUUUAUUCCAGUUUUAAGUGCAAAGUGUGAAAAUGUCCAGCCUCUCCAGGAGCAUAGAUGACCAGAGAGGCGUUGGCGUUGGUGAGAGCCCGUCUCACAAACCGGAGACAUCCAGGUACCGCAGCUGGAGCAGCCUCCGUUUCUCAAGAUGGAGAAGUAGCUCCCAGAGGACGACCCCCCCUGCCACUCCGUCCCCAAGGCCAGAGAAGAGGGCCGAUUUGACCAAGACGCUUUUCUCCUUGGUCCAGACUCACAAUGACGACUACACAGCAGAUCCCGAUGGCCUGCUGGACACCAAUGAGGAGGGAAGCUGCGAGGACGCAGGACCCCCACCGGAGCAGUCCACCUACUUACAGAAGCAGUUUGUGUCCAUGCUGCAGCCCGGGGUCAACAAGUUCUCCUUGCGCAUGUUUGGCAGCCACAAGGGUGUUGCUGCUGAGCAGGCCAGAGUGAAGAGCUUUGGCGUGUGGAUCAUCCACCCUUACAGUGACUUCAGGUUUUACUGGGACAUCGUGAUGCUGCUGUUGAUGAUGAGUAAUCUGGUCAUUUUGCCGUGGGGAAUCACCUUCUUUGAAGACCAGAACACCAUGCCGUGGAUCACCUUCAACGUCCUCUCUGACACUCUCUUCCUCAUGGACCUGGUUUUCAAUUUCCGGACGGGCAUCCCGGGAGAGGACAGCCACAUCAUCCUGGACCCCAAAGAGAUCCGCAUGCAUUACCUGCGCACCUGGUUCAUGGUGGACUUCGUCUCCUCCAUCCCCGUCGACUACAUCUUCCUCAUCGUGGACCUGGAGUCCCGGCACGAGUCGUCAGACGUGUACCGCACGGCCCGCGCCCUCCGCAUCGUGCGCUUCACGAAGAUCCUCAGUCUGCUGCGUCUUCUCAGACUGUCUCGCCUCAUCCGCUACAUUCACCAGUGGGAGGAGAUUUUCCACAUGACCUAUGACCUGGCCAGCGCUGUGGUGCGCAUCGUCAACUUGAUCGGCAUGAUGCUGCUGUUGUGCCACUGGGACGGCUGCCUCACCUUCAUGGUGCCGAUGCUGCAAGAGUUCCCCCCGGACUGCUGGGUGUCCAAAAACAACAUGGUGAAUUCCACCUGGCACCUUCAGUACUCCUACGCCCUGUUUAUGGCCAUGAGUCACAUGUUGUGUAUAGGCUACGGUGCCCACCCUCCAGAAGGCAUGAGCGACGUUUGGCUCACCAUGAUCAGUAUGGUCGUGGGCGCCACCUGCUACGCCAUGUUCCUCGGUCACGCAACUAACCUGGUGCAGUCGCUGGAUGCAUCACAUCGCCAGUAUCAGGAGAAGUAUAAGCAAGUGGAGCAGUACAUGUCGUUCCACAAACUGCCGGCGGACGUGAGACAGAGGAUCCAUGAUUAUUACGAGCAGCGAUUCCAAGGCAAGAUGUUCGAUGAGGACAGCAUCCUCGGAGAGCUCAGUGAUCCACUGAAGGAGGAGAUUGUCAGUUAUAACUGCCGAGGGCUCGUAGCCAACAUGCCCCUGUUCGCCAACACUGACCCUCAUUUUGUGACGGUGAUCCUGACCAAACUGCGCUUCGAAGUCUUCCAACCUUCAGACUUCAUUAUACGAGAGGGGACGCUGGGACGCAAAAUGUACUUCAUCCAGCAUGGCACUGUCACCGUCAUCCCGCGCGGCAGCAAGGAGAUUACGCUCAACGAUGGAGCAUAUUUUGGAGAGAUCUGCCUGUUAACCCAGGGACGACGCACAGCCACUGUGAGAGCGGACACCUACUGUCGCCUUUACUCCCUGAGUGUGGACAGUUUCAACGAGGUCCUGGAGGAGCAUCCUUUGAUGAGGAGGGCGUUUGAGAGUGUGGCUGUGGACAGACUGGGCCGCGUCGCUCGCAGACCCAGUUAUCAGCCUCCUGCAGCUGAGUGACGUCCUCAGUGAACAUCAGAAAGAGACUCCUGCCAGAGACGUGGAGGACAUUUGUCACACUUCGACGGAACUUGAAAACACAAACAGAGUAAAUUUUAGUAAUUGCUGUUCACUUUAGUGCUCAGUGAUCAGCCUG